GAAUAUAUGCGAAACUCCGUGGUCACCAUGGGAAGAAAAUAUUGAUAAACACAACAGAGGACCUAGAGUGUUUCCAAGAUGACAACGUAGACGAACAGUUUCUUGCUUCGACGCCAAAAUCGUAAAACACUGUGUUUAUAAACAUUUCCACGUGUUCGCGUCUCUCAGACGCUUGGAACCUCGUCGAAUCAGUGUUUACCUACUUUCGUUUUCAUUUAUAAACAUGUGAUUGACAGAUCAACAUAACGGAUGUCCCAAACAUAUGUACACCCUUCCGGCCAUUGGUUUCAGCGCCAAGCUUUCUCGUGAUAUCCAGUUAGGAAACGGACAAGCGGUAAAAUACGACACAGUGAUCACCAAUAAGGGUAAUGGUUACAAUAAGUGGUCAGGGCAUUUUACAGCCCCACUUAGAGGACUGUAUCUGUUCUCCUGCACCAUACUGGCUCAGCAUCCGUACUCCGUACAUAUUGAACUAAUGAAAAAUGGAUCCAAAAUCUCCACCUUAUAUUCCACCACCUCUGGUCAAAGUUCACAGUCCGUUGUCCUAAUUUUACGUAAGGGAGACACUGUUUGGACACGACAAGCCUGGAACGGACGGCGUCUGCAUGAUCAUGUGGGGUACAACAUGUUUACCGGAGUCCUGAUAUCAGAAAAUGUCUAAUGGUUUAAUUGACUGGAGAUUUAGUUCAUACUUGUAAAUAAAAUCAUUACAAUUUAAAUAAAAUCGGAAUUAUGGAUAUAA